CAUGCACAGUUCAAAAAAUAGAGCUCAAACACUCCUGAUUUUUUUUGGUGAUUAUACAUUUUGACUUUCUUGUGUUUGUGUUUGGGCUCAAUCUUGUUUGAAGGAUAACGUGUAGAUCAUCAUGAUCAUUGUAAUUUGUAGCACUAGAGUGUAGGGCCUAAGCCCCGCUGCUAAGGGUAUUUGUGGAGUAUAUUUGCCAUGGAAUUCCUACUACCUUCAGUCAAGGAGGCUGUAAAAAUCAUGGAUGGCGUAAAGAGAUUGAACCUUGCAGCUAUCAACAGGACUGUGAUGGUUCCCGCACUGAAAGUAGCCAAAAAGAACUGCCAACCAGCUCUGGAAAAGCUGAGAGUUGAACGUAUACCUAUGGCUCGGCCCGCAGUUGUGCCUUCUCAAGAUGUUUGCUUCAUUUUGCUGCCGUCGGCUAAGGAUUCAUCGUCUUUGCCAUCUACAGCCGCUGAUUUAAUAGCAGAGGGCUUGGCUGAACUAAGCAGCACCCCAGUGGCUGUGCAUACCACGCACUUCCAUCACUCCAUGCUAGUGAAUCAUUUAUGCGGUGGCAUGCUCGAAGAUAACGUACGGCGCGUGGCCAUGAUUGGUCACAUUGCUCACAUCAACCUUGACAAGUCUGCUGUUCCAUACGCAAAGCUUAUUGGGGAGAUUGUCCUGGCCUGCCACGAGCAUGUACGCACUGUUAUACGCAAAACAAAGCCAGUCGAUGGACUGUUCAGACUUAAUUCUUAUGAGGUUCUGGCUGGGGAAGAUGACAUGUCUGUCAAGUUUGAGUAUAUUGGCUGUUGGUUUGAGUUUGACUACUCGAAGGCUUUCUGGAACUCUCGCCUCAAUUUUGAGCAUAUGCGCAUAGUUGCAAUGCUUACAAAGCAAGAUGUGUUUUGCGACAUGUUUGCUGGUUGUGGUCCGUUCUCUCUGCCUGCUGCCAAACAGCACCGAGUACGGGUCUAUGCGAAUGAUUGGAAUAGUGCGUGUGCUGAUGUUCUCUCAGAUAUGGCCAAGUUGAAUAAAGUGGAGAAAUAUGUUUCCUGCUUCAACAUGGAUGGGCGAGAGUUCAUUCGGAGCCUUAUGCGCAGAAUUACAGCAAGCCAUGAGGAGUUGGAUGAGGUAGAAGCAGAAACAGGGAAGGCUUGGCCGAUGUUCACCCAUGUCACCAUGAACCUACCACACACGGCCAUGGACUUUCUGGAUGUGUUUGUGGGAAUUCUUGCUGAUUCCAAAGAGCUGCCAUUACCUAUGAUUCACGUAUAUUUCUUUUCCAUUGAAGGCAAAGAGCAUGAUGCAAUCCAGCAAGCUUGUGACAAACUUCGUGUUGACAACUUGGGUUCAGAAGUUUCGAUUUCUUGUAUACGCUCCGUGGAGCCGGGUAUUUCCAAUUACCGUUUGUCGUUCCGCUUGCCUGCUGCCGCUGCUCAUCGCUCCAUCACCGUUGACAGUACAGAAAGCUCACAACAAUGUGGUGCCACGUAACAACUGAGUGCAUGGAGAUGAAGUAAGCUACUUGCCGGUACAGAGUACCAUGAACUACAGCUCUGGGCCAGUCUGGCAUUGCUUGCCUGCCUAGUGCCUGCCAAGCCAAGCAGUGCAGGGUUGCUUGAGCUUCUCGCCACCUACGUAUGCUCAACUACUCCCGUGUGUCCAAUACACAUACAACACGGGGUGAUGUCAGCAGUCAAUCGGUCAGCCGGUCGGACGCAGCGCGGAGUGUGUCAAUGCACUGCUGGAUCCUACGGGGGCAAGGAAAGAAGUUCUGCCGUACCUGUGCCGCUAUCACACACCCGGGUGAUCCAGAGGAAGAUGUUGGUGAGCCAGUACGAGACCCCAGAUGUGCCUUAUCAGGUCUGGGAUACAUAUGCCCGCGGUUUAUUCUCUUUGGAGAAAGGCCUUUGAAUUCGGCAAGCGCUUUUAGCGUGGCUGCAUGCGGCAAAUGGCUUCGGAUGUUCUUGAGAUUUGUGGCCACUCGUAAAGAGAAUAAUGUUAGUAAGCGUCGGCAUCAACUUGCUAUACUUCUGAAAGUGCUUUCAAUCAUCAUUGUUCAAUCAUCAUUGUUCAAUCAUCAUUGUUCAAUCAUCAAUGUACUACUGUAGUCACUUCUGAAAGUGCUUGCAUCGUAGCCAA